GGUACUGUUUCUCUUGCACUCUUGAUUGACGGCCAGUCUGGGCCAGCACGUGGCUUUGACGUCGGUGGAGGUGUCACAUUUUAUAAGAAAUCACCAGAGUGGCGAGCGAAAAGCUGCAAAUCCCUCAGCCCCGAUCCCAGCGCAGCUUGCUCGCAUCUAAAUGAUCGGCGGAUCAGACUGCUCUGGCCACUCGAUUCAGAUAUUGCAAAGUGGCCCGCAGCGAGGCAGCUCCUGAGCUGAGAUCAUCCAGCCGGUUCAUUUUUACAUGUAACCUUAAGCUGCACUUGCUCUCGGACUCCUGUUUGUUGGUCUGGGGCGAGGUGGGAAACGGAGUGCGCGAUGGAGCUGUCCACGACCUCGAGUGCUGAACGGAAGCUGCUCACCGCGAACAUUGCUGAACUGUACUGGGUGCAGGCGUUCAACGCUUCUUUUGGCCUCAACGGGAGCCUGACCAACAGCACAGAGCCGGUCAAGAGCACCACGUCCACGGUCAUCGCCAUCGCCAUCACUGCGCUCUACUCGGUGGUGUGUGUGGUCGGGCUCAUUGGCAAUUUCCUGGUCAUGUACGGGAUUGUCAGAUACACAAAAAUGAAAACAGCCACCAACAUUUACAUCUUCAACCUCGCCUUGGCCGACGCACUAGCUACGAGCACACUGCCAUUCCAGAGUGCCAAAUACUUGAUGGAAACGUGGCCCUUCGGCGAGUUGUUGUGCAAAACAGUCCUGUCAAUUGACUACUACAAUAUGUUCACCAGCAUCUUCACCCUGACCAUGAUGAGCGUCGACCGUUACAUAGCUGUGUGUCACCCGGUUAGAGCGCUAGAUUUCCGCACGCCCACCAAUGCAAAGAUCGUCAAUGUUUGCGUGUGGCUCCUAUCGUCUGCCAUUGGGGUCCCAGUUAUGGUCAUGGCUGUCACCAAGCCCGGUGACAAAGGGAAUGUGAUGUGUACCAUACAAUUUCCAGCCCCAACUUGGUACUGGGACAACGUAACCAAAAUCUGUGUCUUCAUAUUUGCCUUCGUGAUCCCAGUCCUGGUCAUUACCAUCUGCUACGGCCUGAUGAUUCUGCGUCUGAAAAGCGUCCGCCUUCUCUCUGGCUCCAAAGAGAAGGACAGGAAUCUGCGGAGGAUCACGCGGAUGGUGCUGGUCGUGGUGGCCAUCUUCAUCAUCUGCUGGACACCCAUCCACAUCUUCGUGAUUGUCAAGACCCUGGUGGUGAUCAACCCGAGCCCUUUAGUGACGGCCAGCUGGCAUUUCUGCAUCGCCCUGGGUUACACUAACAGCUGCCUGAACCCUGUGCUCUAUGCCUUCCUGGACGAGAACUUCAAGCGUUGUUUCCGGGAGUUUUGCUUACCCUUGCGCUCAAGGCUGGAGCAGAACAGCUUCACGCGAGCCAGGAAGUCCAACAGGGAGUCAGUCUGUGCCUGCACCCCGUCCGAGAUGGUCAACAAGUCAGUAUGAC